AUGCAGCGCGUGGCAGCGAACUCAAUUUGUUCGCUUUGCCUAUUCACGGCGCGCCCGGCUACCGCGAUUCGAGCGUCAUUGCAACCAUGCCUAGCCCAGCGCUUUCUGUCACAACGCGCAAAGGCUCGCCCCUCUCGCAUGGUUCUCUCCGACCGAGUUGACCAAGCACCACCAUCUCGAGAUGACCGACGAAGACGCCGAGACGCCCCGGGCCCCUUUGGUGGCAUGAACCGGACUUAUGCCAACGUCGAUCCCGCUCGGAGGGCCGGACGGCAGCGUGCCUUGGAUGCGAAAGGAAGCAAGGGAAGAGAUAGGGAAAGAGAUGGUAGGCGAGGCUCGAGGGACAGGGACGGAGACGAUCGAAAGGCGCUCAAGAUGCAGCGCGCCCUAGCUACCGUCUCAUAUGGAAAGCGCACGAUAAUGAAGGAAACCAUGACCGAGUACGAGUCAUUCGACAACUUCGACCUCAUCCCCGUCCUCCAGGCGGCUGUCAACGACGAGCUCUUCAAGGGCAUGACCGACAUCAAGCCGACUCCCGUCCAAAGACUCGCAAUCCCCGCCCUCCUGGGACAGAAGGGCCCACUGGAUCCGAAGAGACCGUCGACUGAGAUGAAGUCUUUUCUGCUCGCCGCUGAGACGGGCUCUGGAAAGACUCUUGCCUACCUUCUUCCAGCCAUUGACGCCUUGAAGAUGGCGGAAGCGGAGGACCCCGAGAUCAAGGCCUACAGGGAGCGGUGGGAGGCCGAGAAGGAGCGGCAAUUGGCGAGCAAGUCCAAAUACAAGGCCUUUGACGAGCCUCACCCCACCAUGGCUCGUCCCAAGGUUGUUGUGCUCGUCCCUACGGCGGAGCUCGCCCACCAGGUUACAAAGGUGUCCAAGUCGAUAUCUCAUGUGGCCAAGUUCAAGACGGAGCUCUUGUCAUCUGAUCUGAAGCCGCAGCAGAUCCAGCGCAACCUAUACGGACCCAGGGGCGUCGACAUCAUCGUCUCAACUCCCCAUCUUCUGGCAUCCAUUGCCGACUCGGAUCCCAACAUCCUUUCACGGGUAACUCAUCUCAUUGUCGAUGAGGCGGACUCGCUCUUUGACCGAAGUUUCGCUCCUGUUACGACAAGUAUCAUUGAGCGGGCAUCGCCGUCCCUGAAGCAGUUUGUUUGCUGCUCAGCCACCAUCCCUCGAAAGCUCAACAACUUCCUCGCCACCAACUACCCCAAGAUGACUCGAAUCACCACUCCCAAUCUUCACGCCAUCCCCCGACGUGUUCAACUUGGUGUCAUUGAUGUUUCAAAGGACCCCUACCGCAACAAGAAGGAUCUCGCUUGUGCGGAUGCCAUCUACUCAAUCGGUCGCGAAUCUGCGAGCCACGAGGGCCCCGUCAAGGGUGAAGUUGACGUUCGCCGCAUCAUGGUGUUUGUCAACGAACGUGAGAAGACGGAAGAGCUAGCUGCCUACCUCAGAGAGAAGGGUAUCAAUGCCGAAGCCCUCCACAGGGAUACCCCUGAGAAACGCCACGGCGAAGUCCUUGAGACCUUCACGUCCCCCGAGCCCCUGAGGAUCCCCACUCCCCCCAGCCCAUCUCGCCAGCGAUCCCUUGCCAACGUAAGGGUUCUUGUCGUCACGGAUCUGGCUUCGAGAGGCAUCGACACAUUGGCUGUUCGACACGUUAUUCUCUACGACGUCCCCCACACAACGAUCGACUUUAUCCACCGACUUGGUCGUGCCGGACGAAUGGGACGACGAGGCCGUGGCAUUGUACUCGUGGGCAACGAUGAUAGAAAGGAUGUGGUUGCAGAGGUCAAGCACAGCAUGUUCAAGGGACAGGCCCUAAUUUAA